GUAUGAGUGUGUGGAAGUAGAGCCUCUCUUGCAACACACAAGAGCUGUGAGCCAGCCCGCAGGCCGCUGGCCAAAGCUUAGCAGCAGAGCGCAACUGAGAUAAGAGCUCCAGCGGGCGGGUGCGGAUGGAGAAGGAAGCAUGAGGAAGGAGAGAAGCAGUCUCCUCCCCAGUGGGCUGUUUCCCUUCUUCCUUCCUUUCUCUCUCUUGCACCCGCACCAAAAGCAGGUGACGGGGCUUUCCCGAGCUGCUGGGGAACCCAAGCCCUGAGCGAUGGGACGGGAGAUGCUCCUGGGCAGAAGGAUGGUGAAGUUCUCCAACUCAGACGCUUGACAAGUCUCACCAGCAGGAAGAAGUCAAGAUGGAAAGCCGAAAGAGUCCUGUGAAAAACCUGCAGAAACUUUCUUGGCUUUCGUCUCCCGUACGAGCUGUGGUUCGUCUUCGGAGGACGGCCCACGCCUUUAAAAAGGGCUAUUUGCCUGGAGACAAACUUCUCCAGAGGCAGAUUUCCUUGGGGAAAGGCAAAUUAACAAGCCUCUCCAACCAAGCCUCUUUUAACAGUUCCCAAUAUUUCACUUUUGAUCCCGCUGACCCGCUCCUGGUGACCAAACCCAAACGGCGUAAGAAGAAAUCGAGGAACCCCCGAGUGCUGUACCCCGAAAGCUCCAAGAAAUACCUGCCCGCCGAACACGGGAGCAAAGCCACGAGGUUUCUCCUCUUGUUUGUGGCCAUCAUUUGCUUCCAGAUCCUCAACGCCAUUGAGAACCUGGAUGAUAACCUCCUGAAGUACGACCUGGAUGGCUUGGAGAAGACCAUGGCUCGGGAGGUUUUCGGGCAGCCCUUGGUCAUUGAAAGGGUCAUGGGGUUGCUGAAGGAUUACCUGGCCACCCACGUCCAUAACAAACCUUUGGUUGUCUCUUUCAACGGUCCAAGCGGUGUUGGGAAGAGCCACCUUGGUUGGCUUCUGGCGAAGCACUUCCGCUCGGUGAUGGGAGCCCAUUCAGUGCUCCAUUAUUUCACGGUGCACCACUGCCCCGUCAAAACCCCCACCAACACCUGCCAGUCGGAGUUAUCGGACACCAUCAGAGACAUGGUGGCUCAAGCCGAAGUGGAAGAGUUCAUCCCCAUUUUUAUUCUGGAUGAGGUGGAAUUCAUGCCCGAAACUCUGUUGGAGACCUUGGGCAGGUUCUUUCAGAAGAACCAAACCAACGAAUACCUCAAUGCCGUCUACAUUCUCAUCAGCAACCUGGGAGGAGAAGAAAUCACCCACCAUUUCCUCCAGAACGUGUCCAACGACUCGUCGCGGCCUCAGAAGGACCUGGAAGAGCUUCAGUCCGCUCUUCGGCCCAUCCUGAGCCACGUCCACCCUUUCUGGACAGGGGUGGAGAUUGUCCCCUUCGGGUUGUUGGAGAAAGCCCACAUCUUGAACUGCUUCUACGAGGAGAUGAUGAGCGAAGGGAUUUACCCAAACGCCAGCCACAUCCAAAGCUUGGCUGGCCAGCUCAGCUAUUACAAAAAGGCAGGGAAGGAAUUUGGAAGAACUGGUUGCAAACCGGUAGUAGCCAAAGUCAAUCUCCUCUAAGGACGGGGGGCAGGAAGUCCUUGACUUACAACUUAGUGGCCAUUUGAGGUUAGAACAGCGCUGAAAAAAGUGACUU